AUGAACCAUGCCUCUCCCUUGCCAUGCUCAAUAAAUAUUGAUGACACUAAUGACAUUCCUGUUGAGAUUGAGAAAGUAGACUUGUGGCAGAGGAAUUAGACUUCUUUGGAAGACUUUAUCCUUGAAGGGCUUUUUGAUGACUCCCUGUCCUGCCUUUUUCUCUUCUCUUUCACCAUGGUAGUCUUCCUUACUGCAGUGAGUGGCAACACCCUCACCAUUCUCCUCAUCUGUGCUUAUCCCUGGCUUCACACACCCAUGUACUUCCUGCUCAGCCAGCUCUCCCUCAUGGACCUGAUGCACGUCUCCACAACCAUCCCCAAGAUGGCUGCCAACUACCUAUCUGGCAGGAAGUCCAUCUCCUUUGUGGGCUGUGCAACCCAGCACUUGUACUUGUCUCUGGGUGGUGCUGAGUGUCUUCUCCUGGCUCUCAUGUCCUAUGACCGCUAUGUUGCCAUCUGUCAUCCACUGCGUUAUACUGGGCUCAUGAGCAGAAAGGUGGGACUGAUUUUGGCUGUUGUGUCAUGGUUGGGAGCAGUCAUUAACUCCCUAAUUCACACAGUAAUCGUGAUGCAUUUCCCUUACUGUGGAUCUCAGAAGAUUCAACACUUCUGCUGUGAGUGGCCAGCAGUUGUGAAGUUGGUAUGUGGUGACAUCACUGUUUAUGAGACCACAGUGUACUUCUGCAGCAUCAUACUUCUCCUCCCCAUCAUCCUGGUUUCUACAUCCUACGGCUUCAUCCUCCACUGUGUCAUCCAGAUGCGCUCAGCCAGCAGCAAGAGGAAUGCUUUUGCCACUUGUAGCUCUCACCUCACUGUGGUUUUCCUCUGGUGGUGCAUCUUCUCAUACAUGAGGCCUAGGUCCCAGCGUACUCCGUUGUAAUACAAAAUUGGUUCUGUAUUCUACAGCAUCAUUAUUCCCACUCUGAAUCCACUGAUUUAUACUCUCUGGAAUAAGGAUGCAGCCAAGGCUUUGAAGAAAGUGCUGUGGAGAGAUAUUAUCAUCCCAUGA